GAUUAUUGUUGUUUUUUUCAAGUUAUUUAUCAGAAGUCGGUCAGGAUUGGCUGUCUCCUGACCAAUCAGGGAGAACUGUUGAUGAAAUACCGCCUCAGCCGUGUCAAUGUUGUUGAAUGUUGAGGAGGUUAUGUUUUACAGAUGAUAUGACUGUUUUUUCAAUAAGAAAUGCUUUUACGCAUUACUGUAAAAAUCGUUUACCAAUCAACCAAAUAAAAUCUUUCCAUCUUCGUCCAAAUGCGAGCACUAAGUAUGAAAAACCAAAAAGCAAUAGACGAUGGAUAAUCUAUUCCACCAUAGUUGCUGGCUCAUUUGGAACUGGUUUGGUUUAUUAUUAUUCAAGGCCUGAAAGUGAAAGGAGAUUUAUUAGAGUAACAAUUGGUGGUAUUGCUAGAUUUAUCAGGUCUUCGAAAAUUGGUGCUGUAAUAACCCUAGAUUAUCUCUGGAGUCCAUGGGGUGUUCCUGACGACGAUCCAGCCUACGAAGAAAUUCUCUCUAAAGUACACAAAAGAGCAGCACAGCGCAUUCUUGAUGGUUGUCUUAAAAAUGGAGGUCUGUACAUUAAACUUGGACAAGGUCUUGUUGUAAUGGAUCAUAUCCUGCCACCGGAAUAUAUUGAAAAUUUAAGAGUACUUCAAGAUAAGUGUUUAAAUCAUGAAAAAGAUGAGAUUCAUGUAAUAUUUAAAGAAGAUUUUAACAAAUCUUUAAAUGAUUGUUUUUCUUCAUUUAAUGAUGAGCCUAUUGCUGCUGCUAGUUUAGCUCAAGUUUACCGAGCUACCACAAAAGACGGGAAAGAUGUUGCUGUUAAAGUGCAAUACAUUGAUCUUCAAGACAGAUUUGUUGGAGAUAUUGCAACUUUGAGAUUUCUUCUUACAAUUGCUGGAUGGAUUCAUAAAGACUUUGAUUUCGCAUGGGUGCUCAAUGAAUUAAGAGGUACUUUGGAAAAGGAAUUAAAUUUUGAAAAUGAAGCCAAAAAUUCUGAAAGGUGCAGUAAAGACCUUUCCUGUUUUCCUUUUAUUCAUGUUCCUAAGGUGUUCUGGGAUCUAACAAGUAAGAGAGUACUAACUGCUGAAUUCGUUGAAGGAAUAAAAAUUAGUGACAAGGAAGCCCUGAAGAAAGGAAGAUUUUCAUUAGCUGACAUCGAUACUAAGCUUUUCAAGGCCUUUGCUCAACAAAUAUUUCAUUCAGGAUUUGUUCAUGCUGAUCCACAUGCUGGAAAUAUUUUAGUUAGACCUUCAAAAAAAGUAAAGGGAGCUGAAUUAGUGAUUCUAGAUCAUGGUCUAUAUGAAGAGGUACCCGAUAAUGUAAGAGAAUCUCUUAGGCUUUUAUGGAAAUACAUGGUUCUUAAUGAUCAUGAAAAAAUGAAAAAAUAUUCAAUGCAGUUAGGCGUAGCUGAAGUAGAUUAUCGGCUGUUCUGCAUUGCACUAGGCCAACGUUACAUUCCAAGUCCUUCUAGAGAUCAACAGGACUCUGAUAUUGUCAGGUUGUUUUUUGCCCCACGAAAACAUGGAUCACGAAGAAAACAGUUUAGUCCUGAAGAACGAGCAAAGAUACAUCUUGAAAUCAUGGAAUUGAGGAGUCGUUGUCUUGAAAUAUUCAGACACAUUCCUGGAAAACUGAUGCUUGUUACAAGGAAUAUAAAUACGAUUAGAUCUAUUGCUCGAGGACAUGGAGAUCCUAUAGACCGAUACAAAGUAAUGGCAAGGUGUGCUACUGAAGGAAGUUUUGCUGUAGAUCAGUCAGGCUUCUUUGGAAAAUUGAGAAUUUAUAAAGAAUUAUUAAACUUUGAAUUAUCUUUAUGGUGGAAUGGAAUCAAACAUAAAUUGUUUACAUUUUUAUUUCGCGCUGUUCAGUUUGUGAAUAGAUUGAAGUUUUCUUCUUCAUCAAAAGAAAUUAUUAUUUAAUAUUUACUUUUAUUGUAAAUUAUUUUAAAUUAUUAAAAUGUUUUUAUUGUUGUUUGGUGUAAUAAUACAUUUUAUAUUAGUUAACAAAGCUGUUAUUAUUUUUAUUUUAUUUUAUUAACAUUUACUAUCAAAUUAUGGCUCUAGCCUGAGCCUGGACACAUGACACUAUGAAACUCUCAGUCCAGAAUUUCGGACAGUUGUUUCUUUUUUUAAUUUAAUCUUGCCAAAUCUGCUCUAGGUAUUUCUGAUUUUUGAAAAACAUGUAUAUUCAAUAUUUUUCUUUUCUCUAAAAUUCCGUUGGUAACUGACUUUCCUAACUGCUCAGUGUGUCUAUUGAAUUUCAAGUUUUUGUAGGUAGUACUGCUACUGGUAGGGAGAACUAGUGUAGGCCUUAUGGUCCAUUUAUUCCUACCUCUAAUGGCUACCUUGAGGUUGCCACCUAGUUCUUAUGCCUUACACCAGAGUGAGAAUGUCAAGAUUCAUUUCCUGGGGUCGUCAAGAAAUAAGUACCAAGCGACCUAUAGGGGAACCGAAAUCACAAUUUCAGAACUGCACAUUCUGAGACACACACCCCAACUUGCUCGGCCAUCAAUGUCCUCUAAAUUUGUGUAGUUAAUAUUUGAAAUGUGAAUUAUGAUCACUAUUAGAUAAAUUUGUCCAAUCUUACAGAUGGAACAUAGACCAUUCAGUCAACAUGAAGCCAACACUUGAUGUUAUGACAGCUGAAAUAAAUUGUCCUUAUUUUGGGCCAAAUCGUAGAUAAGUCAAAGCCCCAAAUGUUGCUUAUUAAAAAUUAUUGUAUACUUUUUUAAUUGUUCAAACAAAAAACAAUUGGGUUUACUUUAUUAUUAAAGAAGGAAAAUAUUUAUUUCAUAUUUAAAAACCUUCCAAGAAGUGAAUGUGGUAGGGAUUUCAGUUGACCAACAGUCUCCUCCAAAAAAAAAGGUAUGUAACAUAACUAACAUCAAAAUAAUUGGUAGCAGAUGUGAACCCAUCUCAAUUUCAGAUAGUCCCAUGCAGGCAUAAUUGUGGGCAAGAGCCAUGCUUUGAUUGCACUAACUUCAUUUAUUUAUUUAUUUUUAAACAGUAUAAGUAUCUAUUAUUCAGCAUACUUUAUUUUAUACAAAUAUUUUAAUCGAUAAUGUAAAUAUAUUUUUA